GCGCUGUGCAACACUAGCGCCAUCUUCGCUUGUCAUCAUAGGACCGAUGUGUGCCUGGAACCCGUAGCCUAGGAAACGGGUGUAACUACAAUACAACAACUUUGCCGAGUGAUUUAAAACCGUGUUAUAUAAAAUAUAUUCUCAAAACACCAGUAGAUAUUUGACGCUGAUAGUUAAAAUACGUUAAAAGGAUUUUUGCUAAGUUAUUUAUACGAUAGAGGUGUCGGAAGCUAUGAUGAUUUUGACAGUUAAAUGUAUGGCUGGCAGGUGGGCUUUGAGUGCUGUGGCGACGAGGUGCUAGUGGAGUCGUCGCCGCCCGCCUCGCCGGUCAUGGCGGCGCGGCUCGCUCAGCCUGCGCAGGGAGCGGGCGCGGGCGGCGGCGCGUCGCCGAGCGCCGUGCGGGAGCUCAUCGUCAUACCGGAGAUCACUAACACCAUCAGCUUGCAGCAGGCCAUACAACAGGUGUCAAGCACGGUGGUGGAAGUGAACGGCGAUAGCUCCGGCCACUCGAGCCCUACGACCGAGGCCCGGCACACAUACAUCACUGUAGCCAUGCAGGACGAAUGGCAGAACGAGAUCGGCCCGUUGCCCGUCAAGGCAGAGAUCCACAGUGACCAAGAAAGCGAGGGCAGUAAUGGGGUCAACUAUCAUGUGCAAUACGUGGAGCCUCAAGAGAUCUACACCCAGGGUCAUGAGACUCAUAUGGAAACUCUUCGCUCUUACCCCGUGUAUGGCGUCGCAACGGUCAACGCGGCCGAGCAGCCGACAGAGUCUUGGAGCGCCGAUGAGUUCUCGUACAGCGUGGUGGCGGGCACGGAUGAGGCCACGUCGCCCGCGCCCGCUCCCACUACACCGCCGCAACCGCGCAUGCCGCCCGCCACCGUGCAGUGGCUGCUCGACAACUAUGAGACUGCCGAUGGCGUAUCUCUGCCCCGAUCGACUCUCUACGCGCACUACCUCCGACACUGCUCGGCCCAUCGACUGGACCCAGUGAACGCGGCUUCGUUCGGCAAGCUGAUCCGGUCCGUGUUCGUCGGCCUGCGGACCAGGAGGCUCGGCACGAGAGGCAACUCCAAGUAUCACUACUACGGCAUCAGGGCGAAAGCCAGCGUUCCCGCUUCACCGCCGCCCGAUCCUAACGAUGAGAAGGCUGAUGUCCAAGAUAUGCAGGAGGCGCGGUCGCGGUCGGCGGAGCCGGCGGCGCCGGCGGGCGUGGCGGGGCUGGCGCACCGGCAGUACCUGGGCGCCGUGGUGGCCGCGUCGCCGCCCGCGCCGCCCCCGCUGCCCGCCGCCGCCGCCGCCGCGCACGACCUGCCGCCCGACUCGCUCACCAAGCUGCAGGACCACCACCGUGAGCACGGCGUGGAAUUCCUCGAGGCCGUGGCGGCGCUGGACAUCGCCGCCGUGGAGCGCUCCCGCCGGAACUUCUGGCGGAGGCCGCCGCCCGCUCUGUGCCGCCGCGUGCUGUACCGGCUAGCCGCACGAAAGGACGUGGCGGCUUGGUUGCGCCGGGCUGACCUGGAGCUGUACCAGCGGGCCGUGGAGCUGCUACUGCCCGACGUGCUCCGCCCCAUACCGCCGCAGCUUACGCAGGCAAUCCGCAACUUCGCAAAAAGCCUAGAGUCGGCACUAGCGGCGGGGUCGGGCUGCGCGCCGGCGGCGGCGAGCCGCGCGCAGGCGUCGGCGGCGGCGGCGCUGGCGGCCGCGCUGCGCCGCUACACCUCGCUCAACCAUCUAGCCCAGGCCGCGAGGGCCGUGCUCGCCAACCAGCACCAGAUCCAGCAGAUGCUGUCGGACCUGAACCGCGUGGACUUCCGCGUGGUGCGCGAGCAGGCGGCCUGGGCGUGCUCGUGCGGCAGCGCCGCCACCGCGCACCGCCUCGAGGCCGACUUCAAGGCGACGCUAGGCCGCGGGGCGACGCUAGAACAGUGGGCGGCGUGGCUGGAAGGGUGUGUUCGCGGCGCGUUGGCGGCCCACGAGCGCCGGCCGGACUACACGGCGCGGGCGCGACGAUUGUUGCUCGACUGGUCGUUUUACUCGUCGCUGGUCAUACGCGAGCUCACGCUACGAUCGGCGGCGUCGUUCGGCUCGUUCCACCUGAUCCGGCUGCUGUACGACGAGUACGUGUCGUACCUGAUCGAGCGGCGCGUGGCGCAGCACCACCGCGCGCCGCCCAUCGCCGUCAUGCAGCGAGCGCCGGAGGAAGAGGAAGAUGUAGCCGAAGAAGCGCCCCGGGAAGAAGAGGAAGAGGGCGAGGGGGACUGGGACUGGGGCGACGACGACGAGGACGAGGACGAGCCGCUGCCCUGCAAGAAGGCCAAGCUCCCGGAGUAACGGCUUACGUAAUUAGUACAGUCGCCAUCAGAUAUAUCGGAGCGGCCAAGAUGCUCAAAAAUAUCUGAACACGACUCUAACGCCUUGACAAUAGAGGCGUGUUCAUAUAUUUGUGAGCACCUUGGCCGCUCC